GUUCAACUAGGAGAGAGGAAUGGACUCUGGAUUUGCCGCUGAUGAUCAGUACAAUGUGUAUGAUAAGGGUUUGUUUACUGCUCGGCCAACACUGUCAACCCUAUACAGGCCAAAGAAAGAUGCCGAUGCUGAGAUGUAUGGAGGUGCUGAUGAGCAGUUGGAGAAUAUCAUGAAGACCGAUCACUUCAAACCUGACAAGGGCUUUACAGGAGUGGCUGAAAAGGCCGGUACAAGAGACGGGCCACUUGAGUUUGAGAAGGUGGCUGAAGAGGCUGAUCCGUUUGGACUGGAUCAGUUCUUGACAGAGGUGAAGAAGGGUAAGAAAGCUCUCGACAAAGUUGGCACUGGAGGAACAAUGAAAGCUGGUGCUGGUUCCUCAAUGCGAGAUGGAUAUGAAGGAGGUUCCAGUAGAACUCGAAUUGGGUUUGAAAGAGGUCGUUAAUGAGUUCUUUUUGCCUCUCGUUGUUUUCUCUUUUUCUUGUUUGGACUCCUAUGAGUCCUUACUGUUACCCUUCCUUCACAAUCACCUUAUAGUCGCCAAAACAAAUACUAGAGACUUGAAGAGGUCUGCGUGAAGAACAUGUAUUUCUGCAUGCUAAAUGUGCUGUACCAAUUUCCUUUCUUAAGUUGCA